UUCCCAUUCAGUGAGGAGGCUUUGCGGACCGGAAGGUGGGCUGGGUCGCUCCUCCGGUCCUGGGUGCGAAUCCCGAGGAGAUCUGUUUUAGUUCCUUUGGGAGUCUGCUGUCCAAAGAAAGGAAAGAAGAAGGAAGGGAAGGAAGGGAGAUCCCGGGUGUCUGCCUUGGUCCUUUUGGAGUCUGCUGUGGAAAGGAAGGAAGAGAAAGAAAAGGGAGGGAGGAAGGAAGGGAGAUCCCUUGUUCCUUUUGGAGCUUGCUGUUGAAAGAAGGAAAGAAAGAAAGAGGAAGGACGGAAAAGAAAGAGAGGAGGGAAAGGAAGCAAGGAAGGAAGAUCCCGCGGAACUGCUUUGUUCCUUUUGGAGUCUGCUGUUGAAGGAAGGAAGGAAGGGAAAGAAAGGGAAGGAAAGAAAGGAAGGAAGGAAGGAAGGAAGGAAGGAAGGUUCCGGGAAUCUGCCCUGUUUCUUUUGGAGUCAGCUGUCAAAGGAAAAGAAGGAAGGAAGGAAGGGAAGAAACAGAAGAAGUGGCCCCUGGCAGCCUUGAACCCUUCUCUUCGCAGCCUCUGGGCUCCGCUUUGCCAGCGAGGAAAGGAUGGGAAAGCUGCCUCUCUCUCCUCCUCCUCUUCCUUCUUCUUCUUCUUCUGCAUGAACUUCAAAGUCGACGUUGGAUUUUGUUUUUCUGCAUCAGCAGAGAGAAGGAGCUUGUGGACUGAGUUUGAUUUAAUUCCGUACAUAUAUAUAUAUAUAUCUGAAAGAGGCGAAAAAAGGAGCCAUUUUGCUUGUGUCGGCCUUCUGGCUGUAAGACGCACGAUGGGCCCUGCAGUGCUGGCGCUGGGGCUCUCCCUGUCCAGUGCCCUCCUGGCCCAGGUGUCAGGAACACCUCCCGAAUGUUCCAUCAUGCUGGCCAUUGAAUAUGAACGGGAGAAGUGCUUGAGACACUCCGACUUUGAGAAUGAGACUAUAGGUUGCAGGAGUGACUGGGACAACAUCAGCUGCUGGCCUGCAGCGCGUUUGGGUGAAACCAGAGUAUUGCCCUGUCCAAUUUAUUUCACCUUCUUUUCUGAAACUCAAGGUAACGUGAGCAGGAACUGUACCCCCGAGGGCUGGUCCAGUAUGUACCCGGCUUCUUACGGAGCGGCUUGUGGGUAUAACCCCAACAACACAGUCCCUGAGGAAGAGACUGCAUUCUAUGGCACUGUGAAAACUGGAUACACCAUCGGACACAGUUUGUCUCUCAUUGCUUUAACCGCAGCCAUGAUAGUCCUGUGUAUUUUCAGGAAACUGCACUGCACUCGGAACCAUAUCCACAUGCACCUCUUCAUGUCCUUCAUCAUGAGAGCGAUUGCUGUUUUCAUCAAAGAUGUCAUCCUCUUUGAGAGUGGCGAGUCGGACCACUGCUUUGUGAGCUCGGUUGGCUGCACGGCAGACAUGGUUUUCUUUCCGUACUGCAUCAGCAACUUCUUCUGGCUCCUGGUUGAAGGCUUGUAUCCUCAUACGCUUCUGGUUAUCUCUUUCUUUCAGGAGAAGUACUUCUGGUGGUACAUUCUGAUUGGCUGGGGGGCACCGACACUGUUUAUUUCUGCCUGGACCAUCACUAGGAUCCACUAUGAUGAUAUUGGUUGCUGGGACUUAAUCGAAUCUCCUUACUGGUGGAUCAUCAAGACUCCCAUUUUGGUUUCUAUAUUGAUCAAUUUUGUGCUCUUUAUCUGCAUUAUCCGGAUCCUGGUACAGAAACUGCACUCUCCAGAUGUAGGGAGAAAUGAAACAAGCCAAUAUUCGAGACUUGCGAAAUCCACCCUUCUGCUGAUCCCACUGUUUGGCAUCCACUACACCAUGUUUGCCUUUUUCCCAGACACGGCAAAGAAGGAGGUGCUAGAAGUGAAGUUGGUCUUUGAGCUGGUCCUGGGGUCCUUUCAGGGUUUUGUGGUGGCUGUCUUGUACUGCUUCCUCAAUGGAGAGGUUCAAGCGGAGCUGAAGCGCAAGUGGCGCAGGUGGCACAUGGAGAGGUUCCUUGGCUCCGACAUGAAGUAUCACCACCCAUCCUUGGGCAGUAAUGGCACCAAUUUUAGUACCCAGAUUUCCAUGCUGACCAAAUGCAGCCCGAAGACUCGCCGAUGCUCCAGCUUCCAAGCGGACUUGUCUCUGGUUUGAGACCUAGAAGCAAAUGACCAAAAGACAAAGAGAUGGGGUGGAAAGCCAGGAAGACAGAACCAUCCAGGGGUCUGGAUUAAAAAUGAAAACUGUUGUUGGACUGGGUUUUAUUUUUAUUCUUUAAGAAUGGGGCAAAAAACCUCACUGUUUGAUCAAUCAAACCAGGGCAAAAUACUGGAAUGCUGGGACCAAAAUGAUCCUAACCAAAAGAAGUACAUCUGGAUGGAUUCUUCUUUUGCUCUUCUGAAGACUUCAGCAAAAGGUGUUGGAGAUGCUUGUGAAUGUUACAGGAUAGGUAGCUAUACCCAACAGGGAAGAGAGCACUUUGUUCUGGCCUCAGUAGACUUCACAUCAGGAGCCAGUUCUGCUUCCAGUACACAAACGGAAAAGGGUUUGGUGGAAAAGAACUCAUUGUUUUGUAACCAAGAGCCUUUAUAGGAAAGGAUUCAUGAGGAAUUGGUGGUGAGAAAUGUUGCUGUGCCAGCAACGCCUUAAGAAAUACUGUUUUUCCCUCCAGGUAAAACUUCAGAACCCAGAGAGUCAUGUCAGUUUCCAGAGCCCAGCAUCUUGACGGUUGGUUGGUUGGUUGGUUUUCUGAAGGUUUUACUGUAACCCAAGAAGCACUUCUAAAAUGUAGUCCUCUAAACUAUUGAUACUAGAAGUAAUUGGUCUGUCAGGUUCAGUAUCAUCUAUUCUGAACCCCAGCACUUCUCAGGCCACUUGGCCCUUGACCUGGAACACUUUUAAUUGUGUAUUAAUUGUGAUGUCAGGAGCUGGUUUUGUGCACGCAUAGCAUAUGUUCUGCCCUUGAUCUGCAGCCCCUUCCAAAGUGGGAUGUGGGACUUGUGGCUUGCAUGCUGCUUUUCAAUCAGCUCCACUGUGGGCUUCUGAGUUAGUAGACAUCCUUCUCUUCAAGGAAUGAGAUCUAUCACAUAUCCAGGUGAGCAACUCCUGGACAGUGGAGAAGAAGUGUCUUCCUGGUUGGUCAACCAGGAAGGCAGGCUUUUUGGAAGUUGGGAGUUGGAUUUCAUGCUAAAACUGCCAAGGGCUGAUGUUGACUUCUUCACAGGCCUUACUGUCCUGUAUCAGACAUCACAGCAGUGGAGAAACUACAGAUUUAGCCACUGUCAGUACUGGAUUCAACAAUAAGGAGACAGUUCCAAAUCCAGAAUGAAAGAUGGGCAUGCAAAGCAAGGUUUCCAGCCAAUCCGAAGUCCAAGCAAAGAAUCAGCAUGAGAAUUAAGAUUGGAAAUACUGUACAAGGAGAGGGGAGUUAGUGAAGACCUACCUAGCCAGAGGAUUUUGAGACUGAACCUUUAGAGACCCUGCAGAGAACAUUGUUGCAUGUCCUCAGGGCUACAUGUGGGAUUGGGUGACUCUUAAGGUAUGCCCUGCUCACAACUGUUGCUUGACUCAUUUCUGUAUCUCGUAGUGGGCGAAGUCUCUGAGCUCCUAAGGGUCUGGUCAUCAGCCUCGAAUGGAGAGAGAGGCCUCUAUAUACCAUGAGAGGAAACUCUCUUGUUACCUCCAAGUCUUCAGGGUCUGCUUCAAAGUCCAUCAACACAGGCUGCUUUUCCCAGAUGGUUGGCUGGGAAUUGUCAUCUGAUGGGAAUUUCUCCAGUGGCAGCUUGGAUCAGUGGUUGUCUCUAACUCAUUUGAAUGGGGAAAUGGUGGGAUGGUCCCCAAACUGAAGGGGUCUUCUUUCUUUGUCCUCAGUGUAGGAUUAGGUACUUGAAUCUCACCCAGAUACUACCAACUGUUUCUGCUGGAACAGUCACUGUUGCCCCUGUUUCCCCACUCUUGAUAUUGCAGACUUUGUAAGUACGAUGAUUUUGAAGAGAAAAAGCAAAAAAGAGAGAGACUUGUCCACUUGAACUUGUACAUGAACUCUGUUGUUGCAAGAGCCUGUUUUCCACAUGGUUGAAGUUGAAAGCCAAAUCUGUCCUGCCCUUGACUGCCUUCACUUGAAGUGCCAUCAUUCUUUUCUCUGCUAUCUUGUAAAUAUUCCUGGGCCUGAUGUUUUGAAAACGGAGCGAACUGAACGUUCUGCAGGGCAGCUCACUUUCCAGAGAGAGCACAUCUUUCAGUGUGUCAGUUCUUGGGAUCUCCUUUUCUCUUAGGGAGGAACCUGCCUCUUCCCCCCCCCCCCCAGGCCCUUUAAACCUGUAUUAUUUAUUCAACCACACUUAGAAUUGUAAAUAUUGUCUCCUUACCUUUCCAAAGUUUCAUCUCAAAAGAAUGUUAUGUUUGUUUCAUUUGAAAAUGGUUGAGUGGGGUAGAGGGAGCGAAGAAUACUUCCUCUCUGACUACGCUGAAAGCAAAUAAUAAACGGGUCUGGUGUGUAAAUUCUGCUCUUCUCUCCUGAAUUGAGCU